AAUGAUUUAUUUUUGGUCGGUUUCUACUAAAUAAUUAGGCAAAAUAUAUUCAUUUGCACAGACAACAAUUCCCAACCAAGUUUGACAGGAGUUUUAUCAGAGCCAUGAUUUUCGUCGGUUUUGGAUUACUUAUUCUUUCUCUUCCUACAUUGUUUUCAGUCUUAUGGGACGAUGAAUGCACUAUUUUUCCACGUGGAUUCAUCCCUGAUGGAGAACAUCGAGAAUACCAGGUUCCAGUAGGUUGCAUCAAUGGAACCAUAAUCUGGAACUAUCCCAAGGAAUAUGUCAUUGUAUACCUUGUGCGAGAAACCCCUAAUAAUUUUUCAGUAUGUUUGCGCCCAAAUUUAGGCGGUCACAACUUCACACUUGUCGAUACUACACGAGAAACACAAACGUUUCCACAAGGAAGCUGGCCAUGUCUGGAUUCUCAUCUCGGCAACGUUACCAUGGAGAUCCACGCUCCGAAAGAUAUGGUCUACAUGAGUGCUAUUGACUAUUUUAUUCAAAUCUGGAAAUAAAGAUUUCUAAUGGAAUCCCUCAAAAGAACUAAUCAUGAGAGAUGCCCAAUUUAUCCCUCUUUAAUUACUUACAACAUUUGAUGUGAUGAAGAGCAUCUGAUAUAUGUAUUAUGUUAUUUAUAGAAACAUUCCGAUACGACACUUGGUAAAUUUGCAACUUUUCACGAUUUUCCUUAUAGCUUUCUUAAAUCCGUGUGAAUUGAAUUCAUAUUGUUACUGCAUGCAUGCCAAUUACAGUGUAUUAUUCUAGUAUAUCAAAGAUACGUCAUUGGUAGAAAAUUAAGAAAUUAAAGAAGCACUCAAAAA